AUGGUCAGAGCUUGCUUUGAGAUCAAGUGCGCCGAAGAUCCACGGUGGUGCAACCCAGGAAUGCUUUACCAAAUGACAAUGGUGGGUGGUGCAACCCUCCUCGAACUCACUUCGACCUCGCCAUGCCCAUGUUCCUCAAGAUCGCCCAAUACUGUGCCGGUAUUGUUCCGGUCAAUUUCCGCCGUCAUGGCCGAAAUCGCCAAGCUCGUCGAAGUUCUCUUCGAAGACAAUAAGCAAUCUCCGAGUGAUCUCUCGCAGAGACUUCGCUCCGAUUCGGAACUCAAGGUCGGGAUGGAGAACUUCUACUCGAUCCUUAAAAGCGGCGUCGAAGCGAUCGGUGAUGGUAAAUUAGGGCUGGAAGGCUGGGACCAGUCUCAGAAUCAAGCCGUUGCUUCGCUGGCGCUAGCGAUUGCUUACAACACUCGAUCUCUCUCAGUUGACCAUGUGGACCCGAUGAUUGUGGCGGUGGUUCAGAAGUCGAUGGAAUUUGCGCUGUGUUACUUGGAGAAAUCAACUACUAACGGUGAUGAUUUAAGUGUUCAGAUAUUGCAGAUUUUGCUAGUCGAUGGAAUGCAUAAAGAUGCUGAUUCCUCACAACUUCGCUCUUUGAACGCGCUAGUAGAGUCAUUGCCACUAUCUGCCGUUAAAAACAGCAGUAUCGAGUUGCAGGACCACGCCAAAUGCAUUUUUCAAGGAGGCAGCUGUUCAAAGGAAGAGAAACCAGUUGACCGUCUUCUUUUGACAUUAGCUUCUGAAGUGAUGCACCCUGACAAUGUGAACCCACCGAUAACUGGACAGCCUUUUCACCAUGAUUUCAAUAUGUUGGUUUCUCUAUCUCAACAUUGGGCAAUUGUGCAUUUGGGAUGCUUUCAACGCCUUCUUUUAAUCUGCAAAGAAAUGUUGGAACUUCCAGAAGUGUUUGAUGAAAAAAUGGCUGGUACAAAUCUGCGCAAGAGAAUAUCUUUCUGUACAAGAAUAUUCAAGUUACUGGGUCUCCUUACAAAAGACAUCCCGUAUGUUGUAUAUGAUGCUGUUUUGUUGCAAGCUGUUGCUUUCGUUGCUGAUGUAUUGCCUAUUUUGUUCAGACCUGGAUUUGAAUUUGUUAGCAGCAAUGUUCCUGUUGAGUGUAGUUUUGAAAGCCUUGUAGUGUUGCUGUUGGAAGAGUUUCUUCAACUCGUUCAGGUACUCUUUCCGAACAGCAAUUUGAAUCAGAACAUCCAUGCGUGCAUAAUAGCUUCAAUAUUGGGCAAUUUGGAUUCUAGUCUAUGGAGGUACAACAAGUCUGCUGCAAAUCCAAAGCCCCCCUUAGCCUACUCUCCUCGAACUGUUGAUUACAUUCUGAAACUCAUUGGAGAUCUAAAGAAACAAACGUUCCAGGCUCUUGAGUUGAAGAACUUCAGUGCUAGGAACUUGGGUAGUUGUUCUGACUUUGAGAAUGAUUCACCUUCAUGUCAAGUUCGUUCUGAGAAGAUUUUUUUACUAAAGAAGUACACAAUUGAGGGGCUACUGAAAAUAAUAUUCCCUUCAUCAACUCAAUGGGUGGAUGAUCUGAUGCAUCUUGUCUUUUUGCUCCACGCCGAGGGAGUAAAGUCGAGGCCAAAACUGGAGAGAUCAUACUCCAGUGGAACAAAAGCAUCUUGCACCUCUGAGCCAGAGAAUGUAGUUUGCCAUGAGGAUGAAGCACUUUUUGGAGACCUUUUCUCAGAGGGUGGUCGCUCGGCAGGAUCUAUAGAUGGCCGCGAUCAACAUCCAAUUGCGGCCAGUUCUAUUGUCAAUGUCUGCAAUAUGCCAAUUCAAGCAGCCACAGGACUGUUAAUCUUUCUUAAAACGUGUGUUUUCUCCCCUGAAUGGCAGCCUUCUAUAUAUGAGGAUGGUUACAAAAAGCUUACUGAUAGCCAUAUCGAUAUUUUACUUUCCAUACUUAACUGUCAGGGAUGUUAUUCUGAAGACAGAUCUUCUGAUAUGUGUGUUACUUCACAUGAGCAGAGGAAGAUCGGGCAUGUUCAUGAACUUUGCUUUGAACUGUUGCACAACUUCCUCUCACAGCGUGUUCUGUCUGAUACACUUGAAGAAUACCUUAUUGAGAAAAUCCUGAAUGUUGAGAAUGGUGUUUUUGUUUACAAUGAUCAGACUCUUGCCUUGCUUGCUCAUGGUCUCAUCUAUAGGGAUGGUUUGACUGGUAGUCAAUUGAGAACUAAAAUUUAUGGGAUAUAUGUGGACUUUGUUUGUGGGAAGGCAAAAACACUCUGUUCAACCUGUCCUAGCCUUGAGGAAUUUCUGGAGACUAUGCCCUCUGUGUUUCACAUUGAGAUUCUUCUAAUGGCAUUCCACUUGUCCUCUGAAGAUGAAAAAACAACCCUUGCAAAGUUCAUAUUUUCUUCUGUUAGAUCAAUUGAUGCUCCAGUUGCAGGCUUUAACAGUACACAAUUGUCAUGCUGGGCUUUACUAGUUUCACGGUUGGUUUUAAUUCUUCGUCAUAUGAUAUUUCACCCUCGUGCUUGUCCUUCGACGUUGCUUUUGAAGUUGAGAUCCAGGCUGCGGGAGGUCCCACUAAGUGGAUCACGUCCUCUUGGUGAUAACAAUGAUUUUCCAUCCUGGUCAUCAAUUGGAGUGGAGAGUUUUAUGGGUGCUUGGAUCAAAGAAGGGCCUGCCAGCGGCUGCUUGCUUAGUCAUUUGGUUGAUAUUGCACCAAUUCCUUCUUCAGUGUGUGUGGGUGAUCUGGCAAGUGAUUGCUUAGGUUUGACCUGGGGUGAGAUAUGUGCUUGCUUCUCAUGGAUUCUGGAGUUCUGGAAAGGUAAAAAAGCUGCAAGGGUGGAAGAACUGAUUCUUGAAAGAUACCUCUUUAUGCUUUGCUGGGAUGUUCCUACCAUGAGCUCUACAUGGCAACAUCUACUUUCUUUCUGGAGUGGGACGCAGACUCCUGAAAUCUCAAAUAUGGAGCAUUUCUUUUAUUUUAGCCAUUCAAUUUUAGGUCACUCUGGUGUUAUUGGUGAGCACGUGAAUCUUUUAGACCUGGUGUUUGGUGUGCUUCAACACUUACAUUCUUUGGACAUAUCAGAGGACAUUGGGGAUCUAGGAUGGGACUUCUUGAGGAAUGGAUCAUGGCUAUCAUUGGUGCUGUCCUUGCUUAGUGCUGGUGUUCAGAAGUUCUGCAUGACGGACACAAUCAGUUUAGGAGGUCCAAAAUGGCCAGUACAUUCAUCCAGAGAUGCUGACUUUUUUACCCUUGCUGAACUCCUGAUUUCCAGUUCAUUUGCUGCUGAUCGAGUUGCAGUUAUAUUGAGGAUACUGACAUCUUUGUUGAAGAGAUAUUUACGAGUUCAUCAAAAAGCUUUUCUUUCUAGCUUUGACAAUACCAAGUGCUCUGCUGAUAGGUUCUCGCCUUUACUACUUCUAAAGCAUACUGGAUUUGAUAAAUGCAUGCUGGAUGAGCUCUUUGAGAAAAGUGGAUUCAAUUGUUCCCAGGUGGGGUCCAUAUACGAGCUUUUGUCUAAGUUGAGCAAAACCGUUGACAAAAUGUCUCCAGGAAUUCUAUAUAGUAUCUUUUGGGAGUUUGUUUUGCAUGGUUUCCCCUGUCAUCUUCAAGUUCCAAGUGCAAUUAUUCUUUCUUGCAUUCUUAGCAUUAAAGGGAUCAUUAGCUUUCUAGAUGGGCUUCUCAAGGUCAAAGAUGCAAGAGAAUUCAUCCACCUGGACACUGAGGUACUUCAUCAGAUUCUUGAGACGGUAUUAACUAUCAAGUCUGACAGGAUAUUUGAGUGUCUACAUGAAAAAUGUGAAUCUGUUUACUCCGCCUUGAGUCGGGGCUUGGAAGGGCCUGAUUAUUGCAGUUUAUUUGACAUGAAGCACAUGGAAGAAAUUUUAAGGGUUAUUAAUGCUACUGAUGUCAGUGAUAGCGGAAUUUAUGAGUGUGUAGUCACCAAGGCUAUUGAUACCAUGGAGAGCCUCAGGAAAGAACCUUCAAGAGGUGAUAUUUUCAAAUUUUUUGUCUCUAUGGAAGAUGUGUCUGAACCUUUGAAGGAUCUUUAUGGUUCACAACGAGGUGAUCUAUUGGUUCUAAUUGAUUCUCUGGAUAAUUGUGAUUCCGAAUUGGUUAACAUAAAGGUUCUUAACUUCUUUGUUGAUCUCUUAUCUGGAGAGAUGCGUCCUGAUAUCAGACAGGAAUUACAGAAAAAAUUCCUUGCCAUGGAUGAGCUUUGCCUUUCCAAAUGGUUAGCAAAAAGGCUGUUAGGUCUCCUGGCAGAAGCUUCAGGUGGGGUUACCUGUGGAAAAGGAGGUUCAGUUUCCCUAAGAGAGUCAACCAUGAAUUUUAUUUCAUGCCUUUUACCCUCAUCUUCUGAAGUGCAAUCAAGAGAGCUGCACAAUCAUUUGUUUGAAGCUAUGCUGGUGUCACUGGACAGUGCAUUUAUUCUCUUUGACACCAAUACAGCAAAAUCAUAUUUUAAUUUUAUUGUUCAAUUCUCCAGAGGGGAGACCUCAAUGAAAUCACUUCUGCAGCACAUUGUGAUGCUUAUGGAGAAGCUGGCUGGUAAUGAUCAUCUGCUUCAAGGGCUGAAAUUUCUCUUCAACUUUGUCGGGACUGUUUUAAGUGAUUGUGGGUCUGGUAAGAAUGCUACUGAGAAGCCUUCUGGAAAGGCGUUGUCUAGCUGUAGUGCUGGGGUGGGACCAGUGGCUUCUAGAUCUCUAGGAUCAAGGAAAAAUUCUGACACAUUGGUUCUUUCUGCUAACCAAGAAGGGGGGGCCACAACUCUGGACUGUGAUGCAACUUCUGGAGAUGAAGAAGAAGAUGAUGGAACGUCUGAUGGUGAGGUGGGUAGCAUGGAUAAGGAUGAGGAGGAGGAUACUAACUGUGAAAGGGCCCUUGCUUCUAAAGUUUGCACGUUCACAUCCAGUGGCAGCAAUUUUAUGGAACAACACUGGUACUUUUGUUAUACAUGCGAUCUGACUGUGUCAAAAGGCUGUUGCUCUGUGUGUGCAAAAGUUUGUCAUCGUGGUCAUCGGGUUGUCUACUCCCGCUCAAGUCGGUUUUUUUGUGACUGUGGAGCAGGGGGGGUUCGUGGGAGCAGUUGCCAAUGCUUGAAGCCCCGAAAGUUCACUGGAAGUAGCAGUGCAGCCAGUCGUGGUGCUGCUAAUUUUCAGUCCUUUGUACCCUUUGCAGAAGAUGGGGAUCAGUUGCCUGACAGUGAUUCAGAUGUUGAUGAAGAUGUUUUGAUAGACAUAGAUAACUCUGUCAGGUUAUCUAUUCCAAGGGAGGUUCAAGAUGGGAUGCCACAGUUUCUUGAAGAACUUGACAUUGAAGGUCGGGUGCUUGAACUUUGCUCUUCAUUGUUGCCUUCGGUAUCUAGCAGAAGAGACUCUAACCUUUCAAGAGAUAAGAAAAUUACAUUAGGUGACGAUAAAGUUCUUUGUUAUGGUGCUGAUUUUCUGCAGUUGAAGAAGGCUUAUAAAAGUGGAUCUUUGGACCUGAAGAUAAAGGCAGAUUAUUCAAAUGCAAAGGAUCUGAAAUCCCACUUGGCUACUGGAUCUCUUGUUAAAUCCUUACUUAGUGUCAGUAGUCGAGGUCGUCUUGCUGUUGGAGAAGGUGAUAAAGUAGCGAUAUUUGAUGUUGGGCAGCUGAUUGGUCAAGCUACUAUAGCACCUGUGACAGCAGACAAGACUAAUGUUAAGCCUCUCUCUAGGAAUGUCAUUCGUUUUGAGAUUGUACAUCUGGUUUUCAACCCAGGGGUAGAGAAUUAUCUCGCUGUGGCGGGCUAUGAAGAUUGUCAGAUUCUUACUGUAAGUAAUCGUGGUGAGGUGACUGAUCGUCUACCCAUUGAACUUGCUCUGCAAGGUGCCUACAUUAGACGAGUAAACUGGGUUCCGGGUUCCCAGGUUCAGCUAAUGGUGGUGACCAACAGGUUUGUUAAAAUAUACGAUCUAUCUCAGGAUAACAUCAGUCCUAUGUACUAUGUCACAUUGCCCGAGGAUACUAUAGUGGACGCAACACUUGUUGUGGCUUCCCAGGGAAGGGUUUUUCUUAUUGUCCUUUCUGAACUUGGAUGCUUAUUCAGGCUAGAAUUAUCAAUGACAGGAAAUGCUGGAGCCAAACAACUAAAAGAAAUUAUUCAAUUUCCGGGUAGAGACGUACAUGUCAAGGGCUCCUCUCUGUACUUUUCCCCUAGUUAUAAGUUACUGUUUCUCUCCUAUCAAGAUGGAACUACCUUGAUCAGCAGGCUUAAUCCCGACGCAACUUCUCCAACUGAGAUAUCUGCUGUAUAUGAGGAUGACCAAGAUGGUAAGUUGCGACCAGCUGGAAUGCAUCGAUGGACUGAGUUGCUGGGUGGUAGUGGGUUAUUUGUUUGUUUUUCGAGUGUGAAAUCAAAUGCUGCACUCAUUGUUUCCAUGGGGGACCAUGAAAUAUUGGCCCAAAACAUGCGGCACACUGUAGGUUCGACCUCGUCGUUGGUUGGGAUUACCGCCUAUAAGCCUUUGUCCAAAGACAAGAUCCACUGUCUUGUUUUGCAUGAUGAUGGAAGCCUUCAGAUAUACUCACAUGUCCCUGUUGGGGUUGAUGCUGGUGCAAGUGCAAUAAACGAUAAAGUUAAAAAAUUGGGUUCCAGUAUUCUAAACAAUAAAGUUUAUGCUGGUUCGAAUCCAGAAUUCCCACUUGACUUUUUCGAGAAAACAGUAUGUAUAACAGCAGAUGUGAAACUUAGUGGUGAUGCCAUUAGGGGUGGUGAUUCUGAAGGAGCUAAACAAAGCUUGGCAUCGGAGGAUGGAUUUCUGGAAAGUUCUAGCCCUGCAGGAUUCAAGGUAUUGUUGCUUUUUAGCUGA